AUGUCACGUUUCAAAUGUAAUAGUGUUCAUAAACGAACACAAGCAGAUAUCCAAGAACGUGUGCUAGAUUUAAAAAAUCGUGUCAUUUGGCUAAAAAAUGUUGAAUAUUGUUUAUACGGUGAUACACGAGAAAAACUAGAAACAACAAAAUUUGAACGAAAAUUAUUAGAAAAUAAUAAUACUCAACAACGACUGCGAAUAAAAUCACACAUAAAAGAUAAUAAUUCUGUCCUUAUGGAAGAACAACUACCACGUCAAAAAUUAGGUCUUUAUAAACAUACAACAAUCGUCGUAGGUUGGAUAUGA